UGUGUACAAAGUGGUCGGUGUUUCAUUCAAUAAAAAACAUUGAUAUUGUAUAACAGGCAAUUGAAGAGGAAGAAAAGUUAGAGUUUUCUAUUUGGGUAUUUAAUAGAGCCCUCAAAAUGUUUCUCAUCUUGCUCGGUAUUCUGCUAAUAACGUUAUUUUACCUUUUCGGCGUUAAACCUCUGUUUGCGUGGGAGAGGAGAGGAGUAAAACAAGCUGGCUUUGCGGAAACUUUAGGUUCGAACUACUUUUCUUUGCUUACCAGGAGAACUUUGAUCGAUUUUGUGCGUGAAUUAUAUGGUAAAUUUCCUGGAUACAGAUAUUAUGGAAUGUACCAGCUCAAUAGAAGCCUCCUUAUUGUCAAAGAUUUGGAUUUGUUAAAGCAGAUGACUGUGAAGGAUUUUGAGCAUUUCAAUGAGCAUAAAGAUUUCGUUCCCGAAGAAGUAGAUCCUAUAUUCGCAAAAAGUCUGUUUUCUUUGAAAGGUAAUGAAUGGAGAACGAUGCGUUCAGCUCUGAGUCCAGCAUUUACGAGUAGCAAGAUGAAAGUACUUUACUUGCUGAUGCUCGAAAACACCGAAAAAUGCAUGAACUUUCUGUUAAAUAAGAAAGAAAAUCUGUUGGAAAUUGAAAUGAAGGAUUUAACGAGUAAAUUUUGCAACGACGUCAUUGCUUCCUGUGCCUUCGGAACAGAAGUCGAUUCCUUCAAAAAUCCUGACAAUGAAUUUUUCGUUUACGGAAAAGAGCUCACCGAUUUUCGGAAGAUCCCAAGGAUGAUCAGUUUUUUUAUUAGUUACUUAUUUCCAAGGAUCUCAAAAUUGUUCAACGUGAAGUUUACAUCAGAUGAAAUAUACGAUUUUUUCACUAAAUUGAUCGAAGACACGAUUAAAUUGAGAGAAGAAAAAGGAAUCGUCAGGCCAGACAUGGUGCAUUUGCUAAUGGAAGCGCGCAAAGGAAACGUAGCAACUGAAGAAACUGUGGAUGUCGACACUGGAUAUGCCACGGUCGAAGAACACUUAAAAGCUUCCGACACUUGCGCUAUUACCAACGCGGAUAUCGUCUCGCAGGCUUUUCUAUUUUUCUUCGCCGGUUUCGAUUCAGUUUCAACCUUAAUGUCUUUCAUGGCGUACGAACUGUGCAUUAACGAAGACGUCCAAAAUAAAUUGCGCGACGAGAUUGAGGAAACCUCCGAAGCUUGCAAGAACAAACCGAGCUACGAGGCUUUGGUUAACAUGAAAUAUCUGGACAUGGUUGUGUCAGAAGCUCUAAGGAAAUGGCCAGCUCAAGUGGGAUUCGAGCGAGUCUGUAUCAAACCGUACACCAUCAAGCCGGUACUGCCGCACGAAAAACCCGUCGAUGUAGACGUGGGACAAUCCAUUUUUGUGCCGGUGUAUGGUGUUCAUCACGAUCCUGAAUUAUUUCCCGACCCAGAAGCCUUCGAUCCCGAACGAUUCAGCGAUGAAAACAAGAAUAACAUUAAAUCGUGCGCGUUCAUGCCGUUCGGUCUCGGCCCGAGGAAUUGCAUUGGUUCAAGAUUUGCUUUAUUGGAGACCAAAAUUCUGUUCUUUUUUCUUCUGAAGCAUUUCAAGAUUGUGCCCGUCGAAAAAACCGAAAUUCCUCUUAAACACGGCAAGAAUUUGUUUUCUAUAUUACCGACGAACGGUUUUUGGAUGGGUUUGGAACGCAUACAAAAAGUUUAAUUAAUUUUCCACCAAUUUUUAAAAAUUGUGGAGAAGAAAUUCGAGACGUAUUAAUAGAUAGGUACUAAAUAAUAGGCAUAAUAGAUACUAAACUACUAUGUAUGUUUAUUUAUUACUAAUUUAAAUAUGAUAUUAAAUACAGUAAACAGUUUAAGAGUAUAUUAAUACAGACUUUGAUUCGAAUACGAGUGUGCUAAUGAAACCUAAAUUAAUUAAUUUAAAUAAU